AUGCAACCAACUUAACUUAUGUCAAAGCAAGCGAUUUUUUUCUCUUUCUUUUUACCUUGCGCCUCCGUUGACGAGUGACUUGAGCUUAUAAUUUCAUAUUAAUUUCAUAAAAAUGGAGAACGACGCUGGCGAAUCAGUUGAUUUAUACCACCCAAGAAAAUGCUCUGCAUCAAACAGAAUCAUACACGCUAAAGAUCAUGCCUCUGUGCAAUUGAACAUUGUUGAAGUUGAUCCAGAUACUGGCCGUAUGACCGAUGGUGCCAAGAAAUACGCAAUCUGCGGUGAAAUUCGUCGUAUGGGAGAAUCUGAUGAUUGUAUUGUCCGUCUCGCUAAGAAGGAUGGUCUUAUCACUAAGAACUUCUAAACUUGUAAUAUGUUGAAUAAAGUCACCAAUUUUUAAUAACAAAAUUAAA